AUGGGUAUCACUAUCAAUUCACCUCUUCCUUCAAGUUUAGCUUCCGAGUGUCGAAAGGCAGCUAGAAUCUUAAACAGUUUUACAGAUAAUGGAAAGGGCAUGGAUGUUAUUAUUCCUCCACAUAUCUUGAGAGAUGCUAAAGGCUUGGCUAUCUUUACAGUAUUAAAGGCAGGCUUUUUAUUCUCGGGUCGAGCAGGUUCUGGUCUCGUUGUGGCUAGAUUAUCUGAUGGCUCAUGGUCAGCACCUUCUGCUAUCCUGACAGGUGGAAUGGGUUUUGGUGGACAAGUCGGAGCCGAAUUGACUGAUUUUAUUAUGGUCCUCAACACAACAGCUGCAGUAAAGACGUUCAUGCAUCAUGGCUCUAUCACAUUGGGUGGUAAUAUUUCAGUGGCUGCGGGUCCUGUGGGUAGAAAUGCAGAAGCUUCAGGCACUGCCUCUAUUAAGAGUAUAGCAGCUGUCUAUUCCUACAGUAAGACACGAGGCCUUUUUGCCGGUGUCUCACUAGAAGGCUCUGUUAUUCUAGAACGAUUUGAUGCCAACAAAAAAUUAUACGGUCAUAAAGUCCAAGUGAGGGAUUUACUGAAUGGUUCUAUUCCUCCUCCUCCCGGUGCGGAUGUACUCUAUCGAGCGCUUGAGAUUAAAUCAGGAGGAGUGAGCCGUGAAAGAUUCAGGUUCAUGGAGGAUCAAUACGACACGUCUUCAAGUAACCAGAGCUAUGAUACAAGAACAGAUGAAUGGGACUCGCCUGCAUCGCGCACCAUGUCCUUAAGUCGAGCCCAUGUUCACCAGCUUGCCAAGACAGGAGGUCCUCAAGUGACAAGAAACCACACAACAGGCUCAGCUUGGCAAGACAACAGUACGAGUGAUGUAUCUUCUCGAGAAAUAACCUAUCAAGAGAGACGAGCAUUAGUACCGAGUCGUCAGGACGUACGUGCUCGAGCGCUCUUUAAUUUUGCUGGUGAACAAGAAGGAGAUUUAGUGUUUCACAAAGGUGAUAUGAUUACCAUUGUCAAAAAGACAGAUACACAAAAUGACUGGUGGACUGGAAGGAUUGGAAAUCGCCAAGGCAUUUUUCCUGCUAAUUUUGUUCAACUCGUGUAA